AUGAGACGGACAGUCCAUGUGGUCAAUCUAGAUCCAGCAGCUGAACAUUUUCAAUAUUCUAUGUUGGCAGAUAUUCGGGAGUUAAUCAGUGUUGAAGAUGUGAUGGAGGAUCCUGACCUGAAAUUUGGUCCAAAUGGUGGCUUGAUAUUCUGCAUGGAUUGUGUGGUCCCUCUUUUCUCGGUUCCGCACCUUUUACCUUUUACAGGCCAGAUCGAACUCUACACUCACAUUCCGGUCAUGCGACGUCUCGUGGACACACUGCAGAAGUGGAACUUCAACUUGUGUGCCAUCUUCUGCAUCGACUCCCAGUUCAUGGUCGAGUCGUCCAAGUUCAUCAGUGGAGUGCUGUCGGCGUUGUCUACCAUGGUCACACUGGAGGUCGCGCAUGUCAACGUCAUGACCAAGAUCGACCUCCUCAGCAAAAAGGCCAAAAAACAACUGGAAAGGUACCUGGAGCCUGACAUGAUAACUUUAUUAAACGAGGAAUUUAAUGAGAAGAAACAUGGCAACAGGUAUCACAAGAUGAACUCCCUAAUGGCUCAGAUGGUGGACGACUACGGCCUUGUGUGCUUCAUGCCUCUGGACAUUAGUGAAGACGACAACAGCAGCCUGAACGACAUCUUGCUUCAAGUCGACAUAGCGAUUCAAUAUGGAGAGGACCUGGAGCCAAAGGAGCCAAGGGUCAGUAGCAUUUGGAGAUGUCCUUUUAUUCCUGUUUCCGUCAUUAGACUGUGGCCCCACUUUGAAGAAUUUCUUCUUUAG